AUGAAGAGGACGAUGAACGAAGGCCGGGCCCGUGUAAAUCCGGAUCGGUGGUUCGUUCAAACUGGAAUUGCUGGAACGGCCUAUGUCAGCACAUAUGCCACAUUCGAUUACGUCGGAAUAAUUCUGGAUACAAACGGUUCCGCAAUUCAAGGCGGAAGAAUAACCUCACAUUUCCCACUUUUAGUUUCGUUUCUUCUGCCGGGAAGCUCCCCACCGGUAAAGAUUGAAUAUUUCAACUGCAGCAAAAUAGUGAAGCUGAUCGUUGGCGGAGAAGAUGCUGCCCCGGGAGAAUUUCCGCACCACGCCGUUAUGGGCUACCCGAAUGAAGAGUCAGAAAGUCUAGAUUUUCGCUGCGGAGGCUCUCUCAUCAGUGAUCAGUACGUCCUAACGGCGGCUCAUUGCUUCAAAUAUGGUGAACCACAGCUGGUACGGCUAGGAGAAUCGAAUCUGGCCGAAGCAAGUCCAGAUCAGCGCGAUUUCGAAAUCGAGCAAAUCAUCAAUCAUCCAAAUUACAGGCCCUCGCAAUCGUACCACGACAUUGCCCUGGUCAAACUGAAGCAAAAAGUGAAAUUUUCCAAUUACAUAAGACCUGCCUGUCUCUGGACCAAUCCAGCCAUCAACGUGACCUCUGUCAUAGCAACCGGUUUUGGAUUCACCGAAGAUCAAGGAGAUCUUUCAAACACUCUGCGCAAAGUGCAGCUGGACUUUCUGGAUCCAUCCGAGUGCGAGAAGCAGUUCCUGAAUCUGAGAGCAUUCCGAGAGGGCAUCAUCGAUGGGCAACUUUGCAUCGGAAACCAAGCCGGUGCUGCAGAGGGAGCCAAAGAUACCUGCCAGGGUGAUUCCGGAGGUCCGGUGCAGAUCGUCACGGAACCAAAAGGAUGCACCUAUCAGAUCAUCGGAGUGACUUCGACCGGGGCGGCCUGUGGCGUUGGACGAUCGCCCAAUAUUUAUACUCACGUUUCCAAGUAUGUCGGUUGGAUUGAACGGGUCGUCUGGGGCAGUUGAUUUCCCUCCCGCCAAUUGUACCAACCUACUCUCACAACAGUGUAAACCAAAAGUGUAAACCAAAUGCAACAUAAUUUACUCAGUCAUUACAAAAUAAAUAUAAUUUUUGCAUUAAUAAAAUGAUAUAUUAUCCAUCAUUCAAUUUCAA